GCCCGUCUUCAAGGUGAAUGCCAUCCGCCCCGUGGAGAACAUGGGCACCUCCACCAACGUCUCCGUCUACUUCACUAUGUACGGCAUUCUGGGAGUGGAUGAAAAGGCCCAGCUGCUGAUGACUUACAUCUGGCUAAAUGUUUUAUGGGACAAUCAACUUGUUUCGUGGGAUCCAGAUCAGUGUGGCGCCAAAAAAGUAGCUCUUCCCAGGAACAAAUUUUGGGUUCCAGAUGUUGUCAUCAACGAAUUCAUGGAUGAAAACAAAGCUCCCUUCGUGCCAUACCUCUAUCUCUUUAGCAACGGGCGAAUCAACGAUGCUUCACCAGUCAAAGUUGUCAGCUCCUGUAACCUCGACAUUUACACGUUUCCAUUUGACAUCCAGAACUGCACACUCACCUUUAACUCCUACCUCCACAGAAUAAAAGAUAUAAGGAUGGUUUUGGGACGACCUGUGGAGAAGAUCACAAGUUUGUCCAAAAGUGUGAUGACUACAAUGGGGGAGUGGGAGCUCAUUGACAUAACCCACCACACUGGGAGUACAUCCUAUGAUGAAGAGUCCAUUGAUGAGCUGGCCUUUCACAUCAGAGUGCGACGCAGGGCCACGCUGUAUGUGGUUAACCUGAUCAUCCCAAGCUGUUUCCUCAUCACCGUGGACCUCUUCAGCUUCCUCCUGCCUCCUCAGAGCGUGGACAGGUCGUCUUUUAAAAUGACCUUGAUCUUGGGCUACACCGUCUUUUUGCUCAUCAUGAACGACCUACUGCCCAUCACUGGAAACACCAUACCACUCAUAAAUGUCUUCUUCUCCUUGUGCCUUGCUCUGAUGGUGGCCAGUCUGCUGGAGACUAUCCUGAUCACUGAUCUGCUGCACAGCUCCACUCGACUCUCCCCUGUGCCGCGCUGGGUCCGUGUGCUUGUUCUGCAAUUUUUUGGCUGCCUUGUCUGCCUGCCGUGGAAACCUUCAAAAGAUACAAAAAAAGCAGUGGAGGCAAAAAAGCAAAAUAGCCCUUCCAAUGAGAGGGAGAAGGUGGAGAGGGACCCGUUGGCAGAGGACGCAGCCCUGCAGGAGCUCAGGAGCCUGGGGGAGGACCUGCAGUUUCUGCGGCUCCACGUGGACCAGGAGCUGGGAAAGACUCCGAGCUCCAAAGAGUGGGUCCAGGUGGGUUUCGUCAUAGACCGCCUGCUCUUCGGCCUCUACAUCCUCUUCAUCUCAGUCAGCUUUGUCACCAUCAUCAUAAUCUGGGUCAACUCAUACAAUCUAUAG